AUGGCAGCACGAUUGUCGCAGGGAAAAGCCUUGGCUGCGAUUGGUCAAAUCUGCUCGACCAAUUCAUUGACACAUAACUUGGCCCAAUGCCGCGUUGUGAUACAGAAGGCUGUCGCAGCUGGUGCAAAGGCUGUGUUCCUUCCAGAGGCCAGCGAUUACAUCGGUGCUUCUCCUGAUGAGAGCAUAGCACUCUGUAAACCCGCGAACCAAUCUCCAUUCAUCAUCGGAUUACAAGAGGAUGCGCGAAAACACUCUUUGCCAAUAUCCGUUGGAGUUCACGAGCCUAGCGAUGACCCUCGUAGCCAUCGAAUCAAGAACACGUUGUUAUGGAUAGACGAGGCCGGCCAAAUCGCACACCGAUACCAAAAACUCCACAUGUUCGACAUAGACAUUCCCGGGGGGCCUGUCCUCAAGGAGAGUAAUACCACUGAACCAGGUAGCACGAUUCUUGCGCCCUUCGAUACCAUCGUAGGCAAAGUCGGGGCUGCGAUAUGCUUCGAUCUGAGAUUUCCGGAGAUUGCGCUUGCCCUGAAGCGUCAGAAUGCAGAGGUUAUUCUAUUUCCUUCGGCUUUCACGAUCCCGACCGGUAAAGCUCACUGGGAGCCUUUGUUACGUGCUCGUGCUAUUGAAUGUCAAGCUUAUGUCAUUGCGGCGGCACAAGUUGGUGCUCACAACGAAAAGAGGACCAGCUACGGUCACAGCAUUGUCAUAAAUCCAUGGGGCGAAGUGAUAGCCGAGCUCGGCGGAGAGAAGACUGAGGAGCCGGAGGUUAUUCUGGCAGAGAUAGACUUCUCAGAGCUUGAGGCAGUGCGAAGAAGAAUCCCACUCCCAAGGAGAACGUGA